UCGUCAAAAUGGGAAGAAGAAAGAAGACUCCCUCCAUUUCCACCAUACCAGAAGUGAAGAGCUGCCUGGAUUCCAAUUCCAAUUCCAAUUCCAAUUCCGGUGAAGCAAAAUCGAAGAGCUCCAUAGAGCAAUUGGAAUCUCAGAUCCAUGAGCUUCAGAUCUCUACACUCUCCAUCUCCACCAAGCAAACCGAGCUCCAGACCUCACAGUCUCAUCUCCACAAGCUCAUCGCCCUCGAAAACCUCCCUGUCUUCCACGGCCGCGCCGGCAACGAGAACGCCGUCGACUGGCUCACCGCCACCGAGCGCCACUUCGCCUACCUCGACAUCCCCGCCGCCGACCGAGUCAAGAUCGCCUCGACUCGCUUGCGCUGCGACGCGAGCCCCUGGAUGUGCUGGUACGAGUCUCGGUACCCGGCGAGUGCGCCGUGGUCGAUUUUCCGGCACGAGUUUCUGAGGUUUUUCUGGCCGGAGACGCUCAUCGCCGCCGUGUGUAAUUUGGAGCAGAAGAGGUCGGUGAAGGAGUAUGAGGUGGAGUUUCUGAGGCUGGCUGCCGGAGGUGGGGAUCCGUCGCCGGAGUGGAGCGAUGAGGAGUUGACGAGGCAUUUUGUUGGUGGAUUGAAGGAGGAGAUACGGCGGAAGGUGGAGUCGUUUCGGCCCAAAACCCUAGCUGACGCCAUGGAUUUUGCUCGCAAUGUGGAGGCUGAAAGUGCAUAACGGUAUUACUCUCAGGCUCUUAGCUCGUAAAGACUAAUAGAUUUGGGUAGUUAGCUCAGCUCUGAUUUGGCUAAUUGCAGUCUAUAUAUGAACUAGUAUAUUCUUAUAGUAGUACUUGGUAGCUCUAGCUAAGUAGCUAGCAACCUUUUGGGUAUAAUUGAAGUUGGAUUGUGGAGCCAUAUUGAGGGAGAGGCAUAGACUCGUAAUUCCAUAGUGAUGAAACAGCUAGGAAUAUGAUAUUUCAUUGUCAAGGACAGCUAUGAAUAUAGUAUGAGGAAAUGUUGCGACGAUUUACAAUAUCAAUAUUAGUCAAAUUGCACGUUUCUUUUCUUUCAUUUAUUUCCUUUA